AUGCAAAAGCUUUCGAAAUAUGUCUGCCAUAAGGUCAUCAUCGGCAAGGAGAAGCGUAACUGUCACAGGCUCAUCGUCACAGCGGUAGGACCCUCCAUAAUUCCCACCACCCCAAAAUGCAUCACGCGCAGAAAGAGCGGCCCCACCCCAACAGACCGCAAAGCCUAUAGCUUGCUCAGAGAUUACAUGGUGGAAAGAUAUCACGAAAGUAGACAAAAGAGCCCCCUUUACGACCGCAAUGAAAGCAUCAACUUUAUCGAGACUAGUAAUCCCGGAAGGAGGGAAAUUUUGCACCAUCGGAAGGAUGUCGUAGACAUUGUUCACAUCGACCGGAACAUAUUCACCUCGCUGAAAAAUGUCCUUUCCCUAAUUGAUAGGAUAAAUACUCGAGUGGUGCAAAAUGGAUUAGCGGCCAGUACACAAAUUCGCACCCCCUCCAGUAAUGGGAUGCUGCAAACCAGAGCAGUCAUAAAUGAGAAGGAGUACCUCUUCUGUGUAGAAGUGGGAGAAGAUAGCACAGACGAAAGCGCACAUCUGAGGAGAAACUCCUGUCCAGAGAAAUUCCCCCCUUGUGAUGAUGAAGAUCUUGCUCAUUUGAAAAGAGAAAUUCAAGGCCUCGAUUUUUUCGCCUUAUCUUCUCUACUCCGCGUAUACCAGAAAAUCGUCAGAAAGAAAUAUGACCCUCAUGAGGGUAACCUUUCCAGAGCACCUUUCCCAUUUAACAGGGUGGAAAAUUUCAUCCUUAAAACGUUAUGCUCUCACAUUGACAAUCUGCUUCAACGAAAGAACAACAGAAAAGGUGAAACGGUGGAGAACAAUCUCCAAGAAACUCCAAGCGGCAAGGCCCCCUUCCGUGCCAUAUACUGGGAAGUAUUAAACAUUUUACAAAGUCUUACACACAACAAAGGGGAAUACAUAGACGUCAUAAAUCGAGUGCUAUAUGCACAGUUUAAAAUUGUGGACAAACACAGACAUCAUUAUAACUAUGCCUUCUCGGUUGCUCUCCUUCCUGUGAUUAAUGAAGUACUCCUAUAUCAGUCAACUCGGUUAGGGUCACCUCCAACAGGGGAAGGAGACUUCCAUCACCCUGCGUUCUUUGCAACCAUAGGUGGGAACCCGCUUCAUAUGCAGAAGGAGGCCUUUACGUGGGGAUACAUCGAGGAGAACUACCAAAAAGGAGAGCUAUCUGUGUAUAGAAGUGGCUCCCCAAUGGGUGAUGAACAGAGUAGAAAUAUAGACACCCCGCAAAACAGUGCAGAUCUCAUUUGUCCCCCCAUCGAGACAGUCCAAAAAGAGUCUAACCCCCCUGCAGAUGUUGCCAAAUUCUCCUACUUGCAACAGUACAGCAUCACCCUGCUCAGCAUAAUUGCCAAAAAGAUUAAGUACAUGGAAAAGAGGAACCAUGUUCAUGACUUAGGGAUCAUACUCGAGGGUAUCAACACCUUGCUGCAUGUGAGAAGCAGCUCUGGGGAAGAAAUCUCCAGCUUGAUAAAUCGGAGGGUCGAAUUUUUAAAGGACGUCAUCUCGAAGGAUAAAGACCACCCCACGGGCGUUAGCCAAAAUGUGUAUCUCCUUGUCUUUCUUGACUUCAUUUUUAACUUCUUAAAAAAUGUAAAAUUUCGUCCCAAGUCGUCCAUCCCUAGGAUGACAAAAAAGGGGGAAUAUCUUGGGGACCACUUUCUUAAAAUUCUCUGCCUGUGUAGCAGCAUUAGGCAGAUACUAACGAGUGGGAUAAGACGUAAUGACAGCAGGAAAGGUCACCACCAGCGUGGCCCCUCUGUUGUGUGCACCAAUGAUGCGCCGCUCUAUGCAGACCAAGCCUCGAAACUAAUCAGUAGGGUAAAUAAAAAUAUCGGUCUUCUGAUCAGCGAGGUAAUUUUAAAUGCCCCCAAUUAUGGUUCGCCCACCCGUUUGGAAAGCAGCCAUCUGCCCAACGCCUACAUGGCUUACCUACUCAAUGACGUCUACCUGCAGAGCAACAGUCAAGUGAAAAAAAUGACUCUUUCGCAUUUUGUGAAGAAGAAGGAAUCGUCACAUUGGGGUAGUCAACCAGGUGAGAGGCAAAUUUACCUGGAAUAUAUCACCCUCCACAAUUUUGUGAAAAUAUUCAAAGGGGACAUUAACCAGGCGGAAGGGAAACGCGCGGAAAGGAGAGACGCGGAAAGGAAAGACACAGAAACGGAAAUCGAAAACUCUGUUGAGAAGGUUUUCCCCUUCUUUCGCACCUUCCUGGAGAACUGCACAAAUAUGCAUAGAGGCCAAAAUGACGCUACAGAAAUGUCGCGUGACCACCAGAUGAAGCAACUCCUGCAUGGGAUAAACAAACUCUGCUACUUCUACGCGCUGUGCAAAAGGCACAUCACGAAUGCCAAUUUCGUGGCCCUUGCAAAUUGUAACUUCUACUUUGCAUUUUCGAUAAUUAAUUGUCACAUCGAAAAAUGCCUGAACAGGUCAGGACUUUUUUUCCCUCAUUUUGUCAACAUGUGUGUGCAAAAGAUAUCCGUCAUUGUGGGCACUCUGAAAUGUUUCGGCCUACCAGCGGAGGAGGACUUGGCCAACUGCCUCUCCAAAUUUAUCACGCUGACGCAUCUGUGCAUGACUGAAGAGAACAGGAAGAGUCUCCUUCUUUAUGUGUUGCCCUAUGUGGAGCGCUCCAGAAAAGACGUUGACAAGUUGGAACAACUCUUAAUGGAUACCCAAGUGCCAUCACUCAGUGGCGAAGAAGGGAAGGAUGAAUGUACCCCCGCAGGGGAGAGCAAAAGUUCUUGUGAAGAUGCUCAGCAGACAAGCGAGGUUUACUGUGGAAAAAAACCGUCUAGUUGCACCCACAUUGAAAAGAGCCAAUCUGAUGACACCCCCUUACGCACCCAUCAAAACUUGCACCAGAUGGAAAAACGCAUCGCAGAGGUACUAUCCACAUUCGAGGAAAAACAAAUUUCCCCCAUCGAGAGUAAGAAAAUGUACGAACUGCUAAACGAACUGCUACAGGAACUGCGGCAGGAGCAUGUCAGGGGGAGUUUCCUACUUAGGAAGGAAAACCAGAUCCUGAGAAACAAGUUAAAUUACAUCUUGCUCAAUUUUGACUCGUUUAUUAAGACACAUAUUACCGAAGUAGUUACGCAGCAGGAGUGGCUCUUUACCCAUCAUGAUGACGAGGGGGAAUUAGCUCAGACAGGAAAAGGUUGCCUGCGUGUUGCACUCCAUCCCGCGGUUCACAUGCGUGGAGAAGCCACCACAGAGGGAGACAACAACUCCAUUGGGGGGGUACCCGAAAAAGAUGUUGACGAGACUGCUCCGGGAGACGAUCAUCCACAUGGACAAGCCAAACUAGGACUCCACUUCGACUACGGACACGUCAGUGCGAAGAAUGAAUAUUUUCGACAGCUACAAAAAUACGAACGGGAAGAUUACCAAAAAAUUAACAACGUUCUGAUAAACAUGUACCUGUGCAAUCCGUACAUAUGCUCCAAGAGUAAAGAUGUUGUCCUAUCCAGUGGUAAAUCUCAAAAAAGAGUAAUCAUUUUGCCACAGGACACGUAUCGGAACAUACACAAGUUGUUCGUUGCCGGGAAGGGCGACGAGGGGCUGAAACUGAUGAGGCGUGUCCACAGUUCGGUCCACCUAUUCUUCAUCCGGGUGAAGUUUUUUUUCAGCAGGUUGAGUUAA